AUGGGUUUUAUGUUGAAGAAGCCGGACGAUGUGCCCGGGAAGUCAUGGCCUGCCAUUGUUAUUGGCCUCUUCGUAGCAUUUGGAGGUGUUCUCUUUGGCUAUGAUACUGGAACCAUCUCUGGUAUUCUUGCCAUGCCUUACUGGCUAAGAGAGUUCUCUACCGAUCCUAGUGGCGAAUUGACUGCCUCGCAAGACUCCCUCAUCGUCUCGAUUCUCAGCGCGGGAACUUUCUUCGGUGCACUGGGCGCUGCUCCCAUGGGUGAUUUCCUCGGUCGUCGCUGGGGACUCAUGGCAUCUGCUGGUAUCGUCUUCAACUUCGGUGUGAUCCUCCAGACUGCCGCGACUUCACAGCCACUGUUCAUUGCUGGUCGAUUUUUUGCUGGAUUUGGUGUUGGUCUUAUCUCCGCACUUAUUCCCAUGUACCAAUCUGAGACAAGCCCCAAGUGGAUUCGUGGUACAGUCGUCGGCGCAUACCAAUUAGCUAUCACAAUCGGAUUGUUCCUGGCUGCCAUCGUGAACAAUUCGACCAAGGAUCGUCAAGACUCCGGAUCAUACCGAAUUCCCAUUGCUGUACAGUUCCUGUGGUCCAUCAUUCUCGUUGGCGGUCUCCUCUUCCUCCCUGAAACGCCUCGCUACUUGAUCAAGACCGACCGCUAUGAUGAAGCUGCCAAAUCACUUGGAAAGCUUCGUCGCCUCCCUGUUGAUCACCCGGCUAUCGUUGAAGAGCUCAACGAAGUGCAGUCCAAUCAUCUCUACGAGAUGAGUCUUGGAAAGGCUUCCUACGUUGAUUGUUUCAAGGGUACACUCGGAAAGCGACUGGCGACUGGCUGCCUCUUGCAAGCUCUUCAGCAACUCACUGGUGUCAACUUCAUCUUCUAUUACGGAACACAGUACUUCACCCGCGCAGGUUUCCAGAAUCCGUUCAUUAUCCAAGUCAUCACGAACUCGGUUAACGUCGCCUCCACAUUCCCCGGUCUCUACCUCGUUGAGAAACUCGGUCGCCGCGGUCUUCUCUUGAUGGGUGCCAUUGGCAUGUGCGUCUGCCAGUUUAUUGUGGCUUCUGUGGGCACGGCUUCCUCUACUGCUGACUUGCCAUCCCAACGUGCCUCAAUCGCCUUUGUUUGCAUCUACAUCUUCUUCUUUGCCAGCAGUUGGGGCCCUGUAGCCUGGGUUGUUACCGGAGAAUUGUUCCCGCUCAAGGCGCGAGCUAAGUGUUUGAGUAUGACGACGGCUAGCAAUUGGCUUCUCAACUGGGCUAUCGCUUAUGCGACGCCGUACAUGGUCGACGAGGAUCACGCCAAUCUUCAGUCCAAGGUCUUCUUCGUAUGGGGAAGCUUCUGCUUCGUCUGCAUUGCUUUCGUGUACUUCAUGAUUUACGAGACUAAGGGUCUCAGUCUCGAGCAGGUCGAUGAGCUCUACGGAAUCGUUGGCAAGGCAUGGAAGUCCAAGGCCUUCCGCCCGCAAGUCUCCUUUGCUGAUGUUGACAACGAUACUGCCAGGAAGGCCAGCCUGUCCGAGAUUGCCGCGAAACAGGAGCAGAAGAGGAGCGUGUCCCACAACGAGGGAGUUCCCGAGAAGGUGUAA